GGACGAGAGGAAGUCUCGAAGGGACGGGAGGAAGUUUCGAAGGGACGGGAGGAAGUCUCGAAGGGACGUGGGGAGGUCUCGAAGGGACGGGGGGAGGUCUCCAGGGGACGAGAUGGAGUCGUCGUCGUCAGCGUGGUGUACUUUCUGAAGAAGCCGGGGUCGGCGGAAUCCGAUUCUCUUCUCAUCGACGAGGAUCGAUGGAUCUUGCCGAUGACGUCGGGGCUCCUCAGAGGCUCCGUGUUGUCGUGAAGGCGCUGCAGGGAGGCGCUGGUGGCCCGAUUCCCGAGGGGACUGUACCCGGUGAUGUCCACCUUCGUGCUGUUGGUGUACUUGAGGGGACGGACCGGGGCGGUCUUCGUCCCGAUGUUGAAGCUCUGGCUUCGAUUGACGGAGGAGGUCGAGAGGGUCCUCGGGGUCCGCGCGGGGCGGACCGGGACUCCGACCCUGUUCCAGACUCCGACCCUGUUCCACGCUCCGACUCUGUUCCUGGACGGCGUUCACGAACGAGAUGUUGAUCAUGCUCCCUCCCAUGCCCGGAU